ACUUCUCACUCGCUCUUCUCUUCAGCUUCACACAACAACUCCCUCACCUGCAGUCCCUCUCCCUCACCUUAACAAUGACCCACCCCUACUUCGACCCCGCCCAGGCUGCCGUCUUCAACGAGCUCAGCACCGCUCGUGACAGCACUUUCGAGGUCUCCUACUUUGGCCUCCACGGCUUUGCCGGCGUCACACGCACGAUCCUCGCCGCCGGUGGCGCCAACUUCAAGAACUAUGUCCCCGCGGACUGGGCCACUGAGAAGCCUAGCGCCCCCUUCGGUGUCAUUCCCCUCCUCAAGGAGACCUCCAAGGACGGCUCCAAGACUAUCCACGUGGCCGAGUCCGACGCGAUCGAACGCUACCUCGCCAAGAAGUUCGGCUUCACUGGCGCCAACGCCUUUGAGGAGACCCUCGUCAACACCUAUGCGGCCCACACGACCGCACUCUUCCAGCAGUGCUUCCUGAAGUACUUUGGAACCAAGGACGAAGAGGUCAAGGCCAAGGCCAAGGCGGACAUGGCCUCGGGUUCGAUUCCCGGUUGGGUUAACUUCCAUGAGAAGUACCUGGCUGCGAACGGUUCGAACGGACAUUAUGUCGGUGACAAGACUUCGUUGGCGGAUAUUAAGACUUACCAUAUCCUCGGGUUGCUCCAGAGCCUGACGGGCGAGGACUUGAUCUCGGAGAGCAAGACUCCAGCGAUCUGGAAGGUCAAGACCACGCUCGAGAGCAUGCCCUCCGUUCGUGCCUGGAGGGAGACUGAGGACUUCAAGGCCUUUUCCGAGAAGAACCUGAACUUCCUUGGCUAUCCUUAAAUACCCACUAUCUUCUCAUUCUAGUAUAGCGACAAUAAAAUCACAUUCUGUAUACUAAUCAGCCCCAGGUACCGCGUCAAACAGAAAGGUG